GUGUUGGGUUCAAGUACCUAGACCUGGAGUCAGAAGGUGGCUCUUGGAGGGACGGUGCACGCUUUUCGGGAUCCAUUGAUGCAAGCCUUGGCAUCCUCCACCAGAGCGCCGGGGACUCCAAGUUCAUCUCCUUCGCGGAGACGCCCCCGAAAUCUUGGGCUUGCUACCAGCUUGUGUGCAAAGAUGGCAAGGCACCAUCUGCGCAGCUCCUGGAGAGGGUUUGCCUUCCAGGUGAGAUUCGGGCAGUUUGUGAUGCAGGGGAUGGCUUUGCUGCCUUGGCUAUCUCAAGUGGGCAGAUCCGCUUUGUGAACCUGUCAACCGGAAAGAGUGGCAAAGGCCUGAAACUUGCCGAAGCUGCAAAGAAGUCUGUGGUGCUUGCCCAGCUUUCACCCAGGUGUGUGCUCAUGGUCAGAGAGUCCCGAGGCAAUAUUGGACCCGAGUUUAUGGUCAUAGAACUCGACGAGUUCAAUGCGGCAUCCUUGCAGAGAAAGGGCACGCUUCACAUGGGUUCCAUCAGCGUGCCGCUUGGGCAACUGGAGUCCGUGACUGUUGCUGACAUGGACCGAGAGCGCAUCUUGCUGUGCUGGCGUGAGACAGUCCUGGUAAAUGGCAGUACUCCAAAUGGCCACUCAGAGUCUGGAACGGUGCGCCACUUUGCCAGCACGACGUUGAGUGACAAAGACUGCACUCUCAGGCUCACACCCGAGCCGUCCACACGCAGCUGGCACGGUGUAGCAGGCUACUAUGCUGAAUGGCACUGCUUGGAGGAUUCGCUGGCUUUCCACCUUCGGGAGGCCAAUUAUGGGCUGACAGUCGCAUCAGGGAAGGCACCCUGGUCGAACGGCUCGAAUGCGCCUCGGCCGGUCAUCGCCCAAACGGCCGGCUCUGUGACCCUGGCUUGUGCGGGUGGUGGCUUCGCAGCCAUCAAGUGGUUGCUGUCACCUUUCUGUCUGAAAGGCCUUGUGGGCCGACGUUGCGCAGAGUCGCGACAGGCUCGAAGAUCCUUGGACGGAGGGGCUGACAUCUUAAGCCGCAAGCGGAAGCGUGAUGAGGAAAGCGGCAACGCACUGCUUACCAUGCCUUACCUGGCAGAACUCGUUCGUCGAUGUGGAGCUUCGCAGAAAAACAAUGUCAUGUUGCUGAAGGCUUGUUUGAAGUCUGAAGACAUGCAGCAGGUUACCAAGAUUCUGUUGAGUUGGCUGCGCAUACAUCAAGGCAUACCUGCCGGGGAGAUCAAGAAAGCUGCCCCCCGCAUGCCACCACUCAGCUCAGUCAUACGCUUUUUGAAGGCACUGGCAGAUGCUUUCAUGCCAGUGCUGGUUCGAAAUGUGGCACCCGAUGCCAUCGAAUCAAUCUUGGAGCGGCUUGUUGUUGCGCAGGGCGCAUCCAGGCGGGCUGAGAUGCUCUACGCGAGAGCACGAGCUGCAUGCCGGGAGGAGCCCAGACCGAGCGAGGAGAAGGUAAAGAAGAACCUCGAGAUACAACGGAAGCUAAAAGCUCCUAAGAUGGAGAUCAGUGUCCUAAAAUUCUGA